GUGUGAGUUGUGUGUAGAAGAGAGAUAUUCGGGUUCCAUUAUUUACUAUAACCAUAUGUUAGAAACAUGAAGGUUAAAGAUUUUAGUUGCUAACAAAAUACAAUAAUAGAGAAGUUUGUGUGAUGCAAGAUGGCAAAAGUGUUUAUUUUGGCAUUUCUACUUAUGUUGAUGUUGUCUCCAUCAAAUUCCUUGUCUACACCAAAUAAUUAUUGUACAUCAAUUAUAAAUGAUAUGGUGAUAGAGUGUCUACCAUAUUUUGUAGACCACAAUUCAUCACAAUCACAAGAUUCAUGUUGCUAUGCUGUUGCAUAUGUUGUAGCAACAGCUUCUAGUUGCAUUUGUGAUAUUCAAAUGAAAAUCAACAGUUUGUCAUUGGAUGUCUCAAAGACAAUGAAGUUGCCUUCUGUUUGUGGAGUAUCACUUCCUUGUGAAUUGCAUGUUAGUGCUGCUCUAUCCUCAGUUGAUCUUCGUGGACCAUAUGCUCUAGAGAAUUCGAUUUAAAGUCCAUUUCUAAAAAGUGAAAGUUCAUCACAAUCUCUUUCACAACUUGUUAAGCUACUCAGCUAUGGUUCAAAUUCUCCAAUAAUGCUACAUUUAGCACCAGAGCCAGGCCAAAUCAAGAGUCAGAUGAUAGUUUUAUAAUUGUGACGCAAUUUAUGUUAGUUGUUAGUUUAAUUUUUUUAAUAUUUUGUUAGGACUUGAAUCUUGGACCUCCAACUCAUUUUAACCGUUAUUAAUUGAGCUACCCAUCUCACCCUAAUCAACCAUAGAUUAAACGCAAAUAAUCUCAUAGUAGACAUAGCAUUGUUAUUUAUGUAAUUGUUUUUGUAAGAAUUAUUUUGUACGAGUAUUUGAGUAUUAAAUAACUUUGUAAUGUAU